GCGCAGGUGUAGUGAGUGGCGGCGGGAUGGAGGCGCUGUGGGCUCUGCUGGACGAGGUGGCCCUGGAGGGUCUGGAUGGGAUCACGCUGGACACUUUAUGGUACCGGCUGAGCAGCCGCGUCCCGCCCUUCCCGCUGCCCCUGGAGCCCGCCACCCAGCAGCUCCUGUGGGCUGCCCUGAGCGCCCAGCCCGGGCUCAGCUUCUACCUGUUACCGCGGGAGCGGCCCCCCCUCCGCCUGCACGAUCGGUAUGAAGAAAUAGAUCUUGAAACAGGAAUACUGGAAACAAAAAGAGAUCCUGUCCCUCUAGAUGAUAUUUAUCCUGUCCAUAUGAUUUUGGAUAAUAAGGAUGGCAUUCAGGGUUCAUGCCAAUAUUUUAAGGAGAGACUAAAUUAUACUGAUCAAAUUAGGACAAAGGAUUUGCAGCCUUGUUAUGCCUACACAGAAGCCUAUGAAAAGUUUGGGGAGAAAUUAGUCAUCGUUGCUUCACAGGUUCUGCGCUACAGGGCUUUAAUUGGCUGGGAGGGGGAUCCAGACCUAAAACUCCCAGACUUCUCCUACUGCAUUUUGGAGCGAUUAGGUCGUGCUAGAUGGCAAGGGGAACUUCAGAGAGACCUUCACACUGGGGCUUUCAAGGUGGAUGCUGGUAAAAUGCAUUAUCACAGAAGAGUAUUAGACAGAAAUGGUCUCAUUUCAAUGCAGUCCCAUGUCAUAAGACUACCAAGUGGAGCCCAGCAGCACUCCAUUCUUCUGCUUUUGAACCGCUUUCAUGUUGACAGGAGGAGUAAAUAUGAUAUCCUUAUGGAGAAGCUCUCAAGUGUGCUGAGCACUCGAUCAAACAAAAUGGAAACAUUGGGGAAUCUGAGGGAAGAACUGGGUCUCUGUGAAAGAACAUUCAAACGUCUGUAUCAGUAUAUGAUGAAUGCUGGCCUGGCCAAAGUAUUAUCUACCCCGUUACAGGACUUGCACCCUGAUGGUGGACCCUAUAAAACAAAGAAAGGGACUGAUAUCAUGGUCCGAUGCCUCAAACUAGUGAAGGAAUUUCGAAAAAAAGUGGAUGAUUACCACGAUGAUGAGGAGGAAGAGAUGAUCACAAAAACUGUCCAGCCUGUAGAUAUUAUUUAUGAGCGGGAUAUGCUUACGCAGGCUUAUGAGCUAAUUGAAAGUAGGGGAACCAAAGGAAUUUCUCAGGCGGAAAUUCGAUCGGCUAUGAAUGUGGGGAAGCUAGAAGCACGGAUGCUUUGUCGUCUUCUAGAGAGAUACAAAGUUGUCAAGGGAUUUAUGGAAGAUGAAGGUCGGCAACGAACAACAAAGUAUAUUUCACACGUUUUUGCAGAAGAGAGUGAUUUAAGCCGUCAGUUUGAGAGGGAGAAGGCCCGGAGUGAACAGUUAGCGACAGUUAGCUUGGCUCUAGUGCAUGAAGACUCCCUGCCUGAGGAAGAUCUGUCUCCUGUAGAGGAAGACACUUUCCUCUCAGAAUCAGAUAAUGAGGAAGAGAUGAAAUACAACAAGAAACGAGAAAAAGGAGUGAAAGCCAACUCAGAUUCACUGCUGAAAUUCAGUUUCCGAGAUGGCCCCCAUCAGUCAACGCCAACUAAAGGCUGCAAGUUCCAAGCCACGAAGACCCCGGUGAAGAAGCUGCCUUCCCCCCACCUUCUUGAAGAUCCCGAUGAGCUCCCUGAUGGAUUUGCAGAGGAGGAUUCUAGUUUGGACACUAUAAAGCAGGAAUCUAAUCUCUCUCUAGGCACUCAUUCCAUAGAUGAAGAUGGGGAUAUGGCUGUGAUUGAGGAGGUCAGGCUUGAAGACCCCAAGAAGAACGCUGAGCAAAAGAAGGAAAAGCGCUCCAGAACCACUGCAGUGGAGAGAUCUCAUGAAACAUACCGGCUACUGAAGCGCCGAAAUCUCAUCGUAGAAGCUGUCCGAAACCUCCGCUUAAUCGAAAGCUUGUUCACGCUUCAGAAAAUGAUCAUGGAUCAGGAGAAGCAAGAAGGUGUUUCCACUAAAUGCUGUAAGAAGUCCAUUGUUCGACUGGUACACAAGCUUUCCCAAGAAGGGCUCCUCAGACUCUACCGCACAACAGUCAUUCAAGAUGGCAUUAGCAAAAAGGUAGAGUUUGUAGUUCACCCUUCGGUGAAUCCUAAUGACCCCCUGGUAAAAAGUGCCAUUGAGCAAGUGCGCUUCCGGAUCUCCAACUCAAGCACAGCAAACAGGAUUAAAGUUCCCCAGACACCAACACCCCAAGAGCAUUUAGAGGAAGAUAGUCUGGGGCAAGAGACUGCUGCUGUAUCAGGGGAAAUGUAUCACGCUGAAAAUAAUGGCCGGGCAAGGAAAACUGAUGAGAAAAUGGGCAUAAUGCAGCUAAAAAAUUAUCACCCUGUUACAGUUCCAGGACUUGGGCGUUCCCUUGGCUUUCUUCCCAAAAUGCCUCGUUUAAGAAUGGUCCACAUUUUCCUCUGGUACCUAAUUUACGGGCAUCCUUUAAAUGGGCAGCAACAGAAAGCAUGCUAUGAUGGUGAGAAAAGAGGCAGCCCGCAGGUACUAGACACACACACUUUUGUACCUGAAACCCAUCCAAGUGCAUCAGGAGAUGAUGAUGAUGAGGUUUCACCAGAGACUACGUGCAUGGGGAAUCAUGAAGUCCCUGCACGGGAGUCUGAGGUGGAUCUGUGUAAUGAGACAGUGUAUGUGGAUGAUAUUUCGUGGAUGCGCUACAUCCCUCCUCUCCCAGUACACAGGGAAUUUGGGUAUGGCUGGGCUCUUGUUAGUGACGUUCUUCUUUGCCUACCUCUCUCCAUCUUUAUCCAGAUAGUGCAAGUCAGCUACAAGGUGGAUGGGCUUGAGGAUUUUUUAAACAAUCCUCUAAAAAAACACACACUGAUCAGAUGUCUUCCGAGGUCAGUCCGACAGCAGCUUCUUUAUAAGAGGAGAUACAUCUUUUCAGUGGUGGAAAACCUGCAGAGGUUAUGUUGCAUGGGGCUACUACAGUUUGGCCCAACUGAGAAAUUCCAAGAUAAAGAUCAGGUAUUCGUCUAUAUGAAGAGAAAUGCAGUGAUUGUUGAUACGACUAUCUGUGACCCUCACUAUAACCUGGCUCAAAGCAGUCGCCCAUUUGAGAGACGUUUGUAUGUUUUGAACACUAUGCAGGACGUAGAAAACUUUUGGUUUGAUUUGCAGUGUGUCUGCCUUAAUACUCCAUUAGGAGUCGUCCGCCAUCCUCGCGCAAAAAGAAGUAAUCUUCAGGGUGAGGAGACCAGCAACACAUUGGAUGUGCAGAUGGAACAGGAGUCAGCAGUGGAUAAACACAAUCUUGAACGAAAGUGUGCAAUGGAGAAAUACACCUCAGGAAGUCGAGAGGUGGUGGAUGAUGGAUGUAUUCCUGGGGAUGGGAUGGGAGCUGGGGGUCUGGAUUCCAGCUUUUAUGGACAUUUAAAACGCAAUUGGAUCUGGACAAGCUAUAUCAUUAAUAAAACUAGGAAGGAAAGUGCCGUUCCUGAAAAUGGACUUACAGUGAGACUCCAGACUUUCUUAACAAAACAUCCUCUUCCACUCAGUACUGGAGGUAAUAAAAUAAACAUUUUGGGAGAUGAAAGGGAAGGCGCAAAGUCCCCUGUGCAGAAGGAAGAAUGUAUUGAGAUUGAUAAAGAAGCAACGCAGAAUAGAACCAAGAGAGUGAGGGGUGGAAAAAACCAGAAACGUAAGAGGCUUAAGAAAGACACUGGGAAGAAGACAAAGAAGAAAAGGAGAGAGGAGUCUGUAGAAAAAAAUAAAAAGCUGCGCUACCAUGAUGAGGCUGACCAGAGCGCCCUGCUGAGAAUGACGCGCCUACGUGUCACCUGGACUGUGCAGGAAGACAGCCUGCUCAUGCUAUGUCGAAUCGCCAGUAAUGUGCUAAACACAAAGGUGAAAGGACCGUUUGUUCCGUGGCAGGUUGUCCGAGAUAUCAUGCAUGCCAGCUUUGAAGAAUCUUUAGAUAAAACUUCUCAUUCUGUUGGACGAAGAGCUCGCUACAUUGUCAAAAAUCCACAAACCUAUCUUAAUUAUAAAGUUUGCCUUGCUGAAGUUUACCAAGAUAAAGCUCUUAUUGAGGAUUUCAUGAAGAGGGAAGAUAACUACCAAGACCCACAGGUGUGUGCAAAAGAGUUUAAAGAUUUUGUGGAGAGACUUAAAGAGAAAUUCAGUUCAACCCUCGGGAAUCCCAAACUCGAAAUUCCAGAUACAUUGCAGGAGCUGUAUUGCAGGUUCAGAGUUUUGGCCAUUGGAGAUGAAGCAAAUCAAAGCAUCAAACAGGAUGCUCUCAACAGUAUCUAUGACAUUCACUUCCUAGUGCUCCAGAACCUGAUUCAGAGUACUUUGGCACUCUCAGAUAAUCAAAUGAAGUCCUGCCAGUCAUUUCAGACCUUUCGGCUGUACCGUGAGUACAAGGAUGACAUUCUUGUGAAGGCUUUCUUAGAAUGUCAGAAGAGAAGUUUGGUCAAUCGCCGUCGGGUUAACCAUACCCUGGGUCCAAAGAAAAGCCGGGCUUUGCCCUUUGUGCCUAUGUCAUAUCAACUAUCUCAAAGCUACUACAGAGUCUUCACAUGGCGGUUUCCCAGUACAAUUUGUACAGAAUCCUUCCAGUUCCUAGAGAAGCUCAAGGAAACUGGAAAAUCAGACGAACCAGAUAGCUUUUCAUUUAAGGCUCAAGACGCCAAAGAUUCAGCAGGCAUGCUAUCUUUUCCUAUGGAUGGCCCCGGAGGUCAUUGUGUAGCAAUUCUUUCCCUGUUCUCCAUGGGUCUUAUUUCUGUGGAUGUGAGGAUCCCAGAGCAAAUAAUUGUGGUGGACAGCACUAUGGUGGAGAAUGAAGUCAUCAAAAGUUUGGGAAAAGAUGGUCUUGAGGAUGAUUAUGAUGAAGAUGAUGACUUGGAAGAGAGCUCUGGAAACAAACGGAGAAUAGAGGUAAAAGCUCGUCAAGCAUCUCAUACCAAUUACUUACUCAUGAGAGGGUACUAUGCACCAGGAAUCAUCAGCACACGCAAUCUGAACCCCAACGACAAUAUCGUGGUCAAUUCUUGCCAAGUGAAGGUCAAGCUGAGAUGUGCCCCAAUGCCAGGGAGGCUCAGUACCUCAG